CCUCCACUAGUGUGCGUCAAGCAGCGUGUCGGGGUGGAGGUGCCGUCGUACCCUUGAGCCCGCCAGCACCACGCUCCUCCUGCCGUAUCCCUGAGCACAGGUACCCUCGCUGGCCUGUCCCCACGCCUCGCCUAGUCGGUCAUUGCGUGUCGGCGUGCUGGGAGCCUAGUCAGCAUCAUCACGUACCCUGGACAGUCAAAAGGCCUGAAACAGGAAGCCAGCAAAGUGAGGGGUUGGCCGGUCGCUGCGAGAGAAGAGGGGUUUGGUUGUGGCUGUCAGAGGGGCAUGUUUCUCCUCUGAAGACUAAUCCUAACUCAUCCCUGGCUCAUCCCUCACCUAUCCCUUCGGCGGACGUGAAAUGACGGAGAGUAGGACUGAAACUUUGUAGUGGGGAAUCGAAGUGAGGUCUCAAAGGCUUGGGUGGUGUCACGCGGCCACGGAAGGGACUGACAGACACGUAUUGGACCAUCGGAAGAUUUGCUGGCCUCGUCUGUCUCUCUAGAAGUCAACUUUAAAGACCUCCUCGCGUGGGGUGCCCAAGGAGCUACCUCGCCGGGCCCGUGGAGUCAUUGGCGCCCUAAUAACCCGGACCAUUAUCCAGGAGGAAGAGUCGGCGUGAGUGAGGCAUCAUGGGAGCUGUGCUGAGUGUAGUGUGGGGAUGGCUGAGUCCCGGAACACAGGUGGGCGCCGUGACGCUGGCGGAGGAGGGGGACCUGGGCCCAGCAGCUGACGUGCCUGAUAAGACCACCGGACUAACUCUACGCCACCGCACUGCCAUGGUUCGCACGUGGGACCUGGUGCGCCCGGACAUCAAGACCCAUGGCGUGAAUUUCUUCCUUGCCAUGUUCGAGGCCGAGCCGGAGCUUCAGACGCGCUUCAAAGGGUUCGCCGGCAAGAGCAAGGCAGAGCUGAGGAACAACAAGCGCUUGGUGGCCCACGGAACCACGGUGUUAAUGGCAAUCUCCUCCUUGGUCGACAACCUGGAUGACGUGUCUGUCCUGGUGGAGUUACUCAAGAACAUAGCCGCCAACCACAAAGAGAGAGGCAUUCCGUACCAUGAUUUUCAGCUGCUGGCCCCUGUGCUGGUCAAGUUCCUGAGGGACAACCUGGGGUCUGCCUGGAGCCCUGUAGCAGAGGAAGCCUGGCCUCAGGCCUUAAAAGUCAUCAAUUCAGUCAUACUCAGUGUUUACGAUGCAUGAUGCUCCUCCCUCCGUCCCUCUCCCUCUCCCGCCCUCCUUCCUCCAUGCACUGAUUCCUCUUGGAGCCCACUUCAUGCCUAAAUGUCUCCAUUUCAUUACCCCUUAAACUUAUGGUCUUCAAGGGCCACUUAUUUUCACUUUUCAACACAUCACAUUGACCAGGACAUCCUUACUGAGCCAUGGCCUACCAUUAAUUUUCCUAACACACAAAAUCCAUCAUAGAUUUCUUUACACCUUUCCUUACACACAAUCCAACUCACUCCCUUAUACACUUUUCGUGCACCCUUUGUGCAGUACAAACAAAUGCUUUUCUACACAGUAUUUGCCACACACCUUACUAAACACCCUCCUAUACACAACAAGCAAACACCCUGAUAUUACACAACACUUGCUUCCUAACACACUCUCAUCACAUUUACCCAUCCUAACACAAGGCCCAUUGCCCCCUACCUUGCAUCCCCUUGAUGCAUCUUCCUGUCUGCCACACCUACCUCCAUUCACCCUCCCUUAUACAUACAUAGCCUCCCUCACACACACAACACAUUCCGUCUAGUGACUGACCCACCCCUGAUCACCCUACAUCCUUCCGGCACUGUCUUCCUUUCCACCCUCAACAUACUCGCACCAUCACACUUAGAAGAAAACUCAUGCAAUGGUAUAUAUUUUAAAGUACCAAAAAAAAAAAAAAAAAGACACUCAUACAUAAUUUCAUACAUAUAUAAUUUAUAGCAAAAUAUAGUAACUAAUAUAAAAAAAAAUAUAUAUAUAUUUAGUGAGGUCCUUCAACCAUGGGCAUUAUAAUGGUCAUUAUAAGCACAACUAUAAACCUAUAUGGCUUGCAAUUUUAUAUAAUCCCUAGUUUUCUAUAUUUUCCACAUUGUUUUGAAGUUGCCUAAAAAAUAUCUUAGAGCUCUGCACCAUUUUCUCGCCGUGUUAUGAUUGCCCAUCUGUAACACACUGGACUCCAAACCACUCUUGGUGGGCAGCCAUAGCAAAGCAUGAGGAGGUGCAGGGCUUGAUCACUUCAUGGGUAACUGUACUAUCAAUGAGUCUAAAGUCACCAAGGGCUUAGAAUGAAUAUGUUUGAUGAAGUAGAAUUCACAAUGUCUGCCACACCAGCCAGAUAUUCUUACACUCACUAUACACACAGAAAAACUGCAGUGACAAAUGCCUCUUCAUAUUUGCAAAAUAAAAAAGAUCUAACAUUCAAGAAAAAUGGAAGGUGCCUUUUCUUCAUUAUCAUUCACAUGAGAUAGCUAUACAUAAAAGUAAUGGGUCUUGAGUUUUUUUCUUUUGCAAAAGUGCUCUUAGUGAAGUGUUCAAGCAGCUAUUGCUGUGGUGGCAAGAAUAGUGGCUUCAUUGUAUCUGGAUUUGUGACAAAUUGGGAACACUUAUUCUUUGUGCUCACUCUGGUGACCAACGGUAAAGCAAUCCCACCUCUAAAACAGCCAACACCACUGAUACCUCACUCUCCUAGAAUGAUUUGUCUGUGAGGUGGCAAGACCAGGUUUUAUGAGACACUGAGGCACUGUAUAACACUUAGGCAGCUACUUUUGAGUCAUUUCAUAUAUUCUUAAGCUGUUCCCUUCUUUCUUACAAUAAUCCUUUUUCUACCUGCUGGAAAACAAGUUUAGUAUAAGGGGUGGAGGGAGUAACACGCCUCCUGUUCUCUAUUAAUCUAUUAAGAGUAUAUUUAUAAAGAUUAACAGGAGUCACAAAUUGCAGAGUUGUAUAGUAUACUACUGGCUUUUACUUUGAAGUGUUUUAAGGUGUACUUGCUGAGUUUUCUGUGCUUAGAGGCACAAGAGUAUAUCUUGUAAUGUGUUUUACAGUUUAGCUAAAGAUGAUAUUAACAUAAGGUAUAAGAUACAAAACAUAAAUCAAACAUGGCAUUAUGCCUGUAGCUGUCCUGUUCAUGUUUUGUGUAAAACAGAAAUUUCUUGAUUUUGUGCAACUGAUUGCAAAACAUUUGUCUCUAUUAGGUAUAUAUUGUGUAAAACAGGAAUUUCUUGAUUUUGUGCAACCGAUUCAGAAGCAUUUGUCUUUAUUAUGAAUGAAAAAGAAAGGUACCUUUUUGUAUGAUGCAUCAAAUUAACUAUUGAACUACACAUUGUUCUUUAAUACCAACUAAAGCACAGUGGCAAACAAAAUCUGAAAGAUGAGAAUUCAAAGGUACUUGCAGUAGCUACUCCAGUUUGCAAAUGUAACACGUAUUCCAGCCUAAACAAUGUUUCAGAGAGUUAAGCACACAAAGGUAACAUAUAAAACAGUGUUAAUCUGAACAAACAUACACUGCAUCAUGAGUACUAAAGCGGAGAAUGAAUUAGCUUCAACGUGACAGCAGGCUGGGACUUGGACUGAAAAAUGCGUGACUGGACCAUCCCUUCUCAGCUGGGACCAUGCUGUGGUUUAUUAACUGUGCAAAUGCUGCUUCUUAACUCUGUGAAAUGUGGUCUCCCUAACCAUGUGUAUGUCUAUUUUGUCACUGGGUGAAACCAUGAGUAGUGAAUGUGGUAGAACAUCAAAUAUACAAUGUUUAAAAGGA